CUCUCUCUCUCUCUCUCUCUCUCGUGAGAAAGAAGGAGGAGAGGUUGGUAUCGAAGGAAUGUCGCGCCUUCCCAAGCAAGUUGUUCAUGAAGGUUUCGACUCAAAGGCAUUUUUGGGACUGACAGAGCAGCAACUCCACCACGACAACCGACUUCAUUACCAUGAUCAACUGAAUCCAAAAUUUUACAGUCCAAAAUCACCGUAUUCACCACAUUAUAUGAGCAGACCGAACGGUGUCAACAACUGGGUAUCUGGAGGACAUGGAAUGCAAGCUGUUUUCCUAGAUUCUUCGUCCCGUAAGUCAAGCGGUGGCACCGGCGUUUUUCUGCCGCAAACAGCUGACACCAACUUCCACUCGAAGAAGAAACCAGCUUGUGCUCCGGUUUUGUUGCCUGACCGUGUGAUUCAAGCUCUCAACCUGAAUGUUCAUGCCCUUGGCCUGCACAUUUCGCCUAAAGAUAGCCAUCGAAAACGUUUUAGAUCCAGUCACAAAGACGACACUCAAGACUGUAUGCCACCUCGAGAUAAAACCAGUGGGAGCAAGAUUAUGGAUGAACAAUGCUACAUUAUUUCUGAUAAUCAUAACGACUCCUCGCCGGAGUUAUGUCUUCCGAAGGAAUGGACUUAUUAAUUAGAUGUACUAAAUGACGAGUGGAUCGGAUAUUAACUAUUAAGUACGUACGUACAAUCUCAUUUAUACAUA